CACACGCUUGCAAUUUGCGCCGUGAGAGUGAGAGUGAGAAUGAGCAGAGAGCGCUCGGUCUCGGGGAAAGGGACGGUGAGUUGCGGCAUGUCACGUGAUGAUGAUGGUCUCGCUUUGUCCUUGAGUCAAAAGCGUUGAGGUAGAAAGCGGACAACACCGCCGUGACUUCAUGACUCUACUUUUCUCUGCCCUGGUCCUCUGCUCUCGUUUGCUCUUGUCCGAUGUGGUGAUGGGCGAUGGCAGGAGAGUAGUUCGUGAGGAUGAGGAGGCGCUUUGAAGGGAAGCCUGGUCAGAGCAUCAGACGGUGGAUUUGUGGGGAGAAGAAUAUUGGAGCUGUGCUCUGAGAGCUGUGUUUGGCAGACAGGCUCACUUUCGAGUUGUGGAAAUGGGUGAGGAGGUUCCUCCUGCCGCUGCUGCCGAAGCAAUUGGGGAGGUUUCGAAUGGAAUUACGUACACCUCGUACAGGGAUGAGACCCAGUUGGCUCCCAUCAUGGCUCUGAUUGACAAGGAGCUCUCCGAGCCCUACUCCAUCUUCACGUAUCGUUAUUUCAUCACUCUUUGGCCUCAUCUUUGCUUCAUGGCUUCUCAUGAAGGAGAAUGUGUGGGGACAAUUGUUUGCAAAAUGGGCCAACACAGAAGCACUUUCCGUGGCUACAUAGCUAUGCUCGUGGUGAUCAAACCCUACAGAGGAAAGGGCAUUGCCACAGAAUUAGUAACAAGAUGCCUGCAAGUUAUGCGCGAGUCUGGGUGCGAUGAGGUGACUCUGGAGGCAGAGGUAACCAACAAGGGAGCUUUAGCUUUGUAUGGUAAUUUGGGGUUCGUCCGUGCAAAACGUCUCCAUCGGUAUUACCUUAAUGGUGUAGAUGCAUAUCGACUGAAGUUGCUGUUUCCAAGACCUCAGGACGCCUCCAGCUUGAUGCCGGAGCCUCAUGCGCAAAGUUCUAGUAUGAAUGCCUGCCAAGAAGAAGGAUGCCAUGAUCACCAUGAUCACCUUGAUCACCAUGAUCCGGAAAGCACCUAUGGUCGAAACAUGUCAUUGAAUCAUCUUUACUUGGAAGCAUUGAGCCUACAGGAUCAACAACUGAGACAACCGGGCUACAACAGUACAAACUAUCAUGAUGUCCAACAUCACGACUGUGCCCAUGGCUGUUCGCAUGAUUCCGAUUUAAAAGGCCAGAGGCUGAACAUGGGCAUAACCCAAACCUUGUCGUAAUCCGGAAGGUGUGCACAAAAAGCAUGGACAUUGUUUGGCUUCACACGUCCCUCCGAAGGCAUAGAGCCACCUCUUCGCGCACUCGUCGUGGAAAAGUCGGACGGUGAAUCUUUUUUGCAGUUUGAGAGGCCUUUACGUGCUGACUCGAGAAACAAUUUUGGAGCCUCUAUUGAGGUUUAGUUGAGUUUAUGCUUCCAAGUGAAAGUCGAUAGAGGCGAGAUCGGGGGGCCUUCAUUAGUGGUGGGCACCUUGCUCCUAUACAUGUACGUGCUUCCUGAUUAGCUUCUUACCUUCACGUAACAAGUCCACCAACAACUUCACGAGGAGAAAGAAUAGCUCGUGGGUACUGCUGAGAUUUUCAAAGCAGUUGCACGUGUGGUACAAAUACAGUUACAGGGAGGGUUGUACAGAAGCUGAUUACUUGAGAGAAGGUUUGCACGCCCUUUCACAAUCUAGAGGACUUCGUACCUACUCUCUCAACUGUUAAUACUUCCGAACUACGAAUACAAUCUCUUCGUCUCAAUCUGAGGAGAUCAGAUGCCCCGUGUUUACAUUACCACGGAUUUGUGUUCUUGUGUUCACUGCUUGCCGCUGGGGUUGACCUGAUCAUUUAUAAAAAUUGA